AUGUCAAUUACUCAUAUUGUUCUUUUCCAAUUCAAGGAAAGCGUCAGUGCUGAAGUUGUGAACGAUGUCUGCCGACGCAUGCUUGGCUUAAAAGACAAUUGCAUCCACCCUUCGUCCCAGAAGCCAUAUAUUAAGUCAUCGUCGGGUGGCCGGGAUAACUCGAUUGAAGGGGCCCAGAAUGGGAUUAGCCAUGCAUUUGUCGUGGAGUUCGCGAGUGCUGCAGAUCGAGAUUUCUACAUUGAGAAGGAUCCUGUGCAUCUGGCAUUUGUCCGCAGCCUAGAUGGGAUUAUUGAAAAGGCUCAGAUCAUUGACUACACACCUGGAGUGCUCUAA